GCAUAUGUAUUCUUAACUCUCAAAAUAAAAAAAUAAAUAUCUUUUCUUCAUUCUUUUCAUCGUCAACAUCCAACAAUCGUCGACAUCUUGAAUCAAAUAAAAUUGCGGACUAGACCAUCAUUUCCAACCGGAUCUUUGUCUCUCAAAUAUAUAGCAAAUCAAAAACAAAUCGAUCGAUCGAGAGAGCGGGAGGGGCAGGGGGAGGGGGAGAUAGUAAAUGGCGAAUUUGUAUGUGCAAGCUGAACAACCAACGGAUCUGAAUCGGAAUACGGAAUGGUUCACGUACCCAGGCGUAUGGACCAUCUACAUCUUCAUUCUCUUCUUCGCUUGGCUUGUUGUUCUUUCUCUUUUUGGUUGCUCCCCUGGCAUGGCUUGGACCAUCGUUAACCUUUCUCACGCCGUGUUGACAUACCAGUUCUUUCACUGGAAAAAGGGGACACCUUUUGCUGAUGACCAGGGUAUCUACAACAGGUUGACGUGGUGGGAGCAAAUCGAUAGUGGCAAGCAGCUUACUCGCAAUAGGAAGUUUCUUACUCUCGUCCCUGUCGUGCUGUACUUGAUAGCAUCUCACACAACAGACUACCAGAACCCGAUGCUGUUCCUAAACACCGUGGCAGUUUUCGUGCUAGUUGUUGCCAAGUUUCCAAACAUGCACAAGGUCCGAAUAUUUGGAAUUAAUGCGGAAGAGUGAAGUCUAUGAAUAGACUUCUGUUUAGUUGCACCGAUAACUAUACACGCAUUUGUAAUUUCAACCUCUUAAAGGGUAACUGCUGUCUUUGGAACCGGAUCAAAUGGUAAAUUAAUUUAUUUUUUACGUGUA